GUAUCAAAGACAAAACUGAAUUUGAGAUUGCCAUUGCCGAUGAUGAUCAGUUCAUAUCCAUCAAGGGGAAAUUUGCGAACAACUCAGCUUCUGGGAAGUUGAUCAUCGACUCGAUCCCUUCAGGUCCCUUCCAAGCUGAAAUUCCACUGCCGGGGAAAAUCGACAUUUCCUGCAAUGUGGACAUCUGGAUCGAACAUGGGGUAACCAGAAUGUUUUUGAGAAAAGCUCAAGCUCGAAUUGCAAAGAAAACAAUGUUGCAAAUUGUUUAG